AUGAAGGUUAAGAUCAAGCAGUGGAAUGCUGUCGCGACAUGGCGAUGGGAUCUUCCAGAAGACGACGUGUGUGGUAUCUGUCAAGUUCACUUUGACGGGACGUGUCCGACUUGCAAAUAUCCCGGCGACGAUUGCAGUUUAUUAUCGGGCAAAUGUGGUCACAACUUUCACAUGCAUUGCAUCAUGGAAUGGAUCAAGCAAGACUCUGCAAAAGGUCAAUGCCCAAUGUGCCGACAGAAGUUCGAAUGGGGAGCAGAUACCGGAGCAACUCAACCACAAGCAGAUGAACAGCAAGACAUGGUUGAGGAUCAAUGA